AACACCAGCAUUAGGAUUUAGUUGCAGAUUUUGUGUUGGUUAACGGCAUGGCUGACGGAGAACGAUCACCCUUACUGUUGGAUGGUCGCGAUGGAAUGAAGGGACUGUCACCGGGAGACGAGCCCUACCGACCGAUGAGCAAACCGCAGAAUUUCGCAGUGUUCCCGUCAGCUCCUCCAAUGCUGGGAGAAGCUCCUCCGCCGUACUCCCCGCUGGGCUCUCCGGAGAGCAGCAGCGCUCCUGUCAUCGGCUGCAGAGUCUGCCAGUCGCUUAUUAGCGUGGAGGGCAAAAUCCACCAGCAUGUGGUCAAAUGUGGUGUCUGCAAUGAGGCUACACCUAUAAAGAACGCUCCAGCGGGAAAGAAGUAUGUGAGGUGUCCGUGUAACUGCCUGCUCAUCUGUAAAGUCACCUCACAGAGGAUCGCCUGUCCUCGGCCUUACUGUAAGCGCAUUAUCAAUUUAGGUCCAGUUAAUCCUGGUGCCGGGAGUCCAAAUCCUCAGCCAACUGGAGCCAGAGUUUCCUGUGGCCACUGUGCAAACACCUUCCUGUGGACAGAAUUUACAGAUCGGACACUGGCUCGCUGUCCACACUGCAGAAAAGUUUCAUCGAUAGGCCAGAGGUACCCUCGAAAACGGAGUUUGAUAUGUUUCCUGUUGUGUUUGAUCUUCGUCAUAACAACUGCAGGAUUGAUUGCUGGUACAUGGUUGAAAGCACAGAAAUAUAAGGGCAUUUAUGCAUCCUGGGUAUUUUUCAUUGUCCUGGUGCUGGUUACUUUAGUUCGAGCUUUACACUGGGCCUGCAUGAAAAUCAGUGAACCUCUGCACAACUACUCAUAGGAGAGAUUCAUCCACGAAGAGCAACAGACAAGAAAAUGGAGAACAUGUUCAUAGUUUGAUGCUCUGUCUAAAUAGGUGAAAACCUGUCAGGAAAGUAUCAGUAAUAAUUCACCUCAAAAUCAACGCAAUAAAUAGGUUUGAUAACGUGUAAUGGCCCAAAAUCUUUAAUACAGAAACAAAAAUAAAUAAUAAUAAUGAAAAUAAUAAUAACAAUAAUUAAUAUUCCUUUUGUUUUUAGGAGUGAAUUUGAUGAAUGCUCAUUUCGUCCUUAGAAUAAAAGGUUAAUAAAUGUAAUUGCAACUUUUUAUCUUAUAAUUCUGAAAUAGCUUUGCCCCUCAAUUCGAAGUCAGAAUUAAGAACUGUACAAUAUAAACCCAGAUCUGAAAAAGCGUUAAGAAUUACCACACGUAACAUUAUUUAUAGCAGCUCGAUAUAUUAUUAUUAUUUUUUUUAAAGAUUUUUUUGGGCAUUUUUGCCUUUAUUUGACAGGACAGUAGAUUGACAGAAAAUGAAGUGGGAGAGAGAGGGGUUAGGAUCAGGAAAGGCCAAUGAGCCAUGAUUCAAACUCGGGAUGCCCAGAGCCCUGCCGCCCCAUAUGUCGGCGCAUGAACCACUGGGCUAUGGCGCCAACAUAGCAACAAUUGCAACUGGAGUUACUAGUAGUAAGAAAAAAGUCAGAAUUGCUAGUUUAUAACUUGCUGAUCUGAGAUGUAUAAACUCAGCUGUGAGCAAAAAUUUGUGUCAGAUUUGUGAGUUGGUGGAAACAAGCUUCCAUAGAAAUGUGUGAUGGACGCUUUUUACCAAAUUGUGUUUCUUUGUGUUUUUUUUCCCCUCCCUUUUUCCUUAUCUUCGCAGUGCUUCACUUUUGUACCCAGUCUGUUCACAUUCCUAUUAUGAAUCCACUUCCUAAACACUGCACACGGAGAAGAAGCAUUGAGAAACAAAUUCCAGCAUCGUCAGUAAUUAAACACAAAAUUUUAGCUCAGUUGUGCAAACUGCUAAAUCAGGCCAUUUUUAAUCCUGUGAAUUGACUCUUGACAUCACUGUGGCUUCACCCAAAUAUGCUGAAGCUUUAUGUUUGAAUGAGACUGUGACCAAUUUGCUGACAGAAAAGUGCCUCAGAUGACAGUAAAAAUUACUAAUACGGCUGUUUUUUUCCGUAUAUGAAGUAAUCGUAAAUUUUAGCUUUAUUUAAAGUUGUACCCUGACCUGAAACAUGAAAUGUAUUAGCAACAACAACUACAACAAAAAGAAGUCAAACUUAUGGAAGUAUUUGUAAGGGUUAUUAUAAAAGUGGAAAAAGCUAAAUCUCUAUUUAGGGAGCAGUUCAUUGAUUAAUAAUUUAGUUUAUUGUUGUCGCAUGGAUAUUAUUUGACUAUUAUGUUUUAUGAUGUGUGGCUCCGUUUUAAACCAAACCCUUACCUUCGUUUUCCUAAUCCAGCAUCAUCAGCAUAUCUUCACUGUAAAAAGUUGACUUUAAAAGCAACAAAUUUACUCACUUUUUAAAGUAGUCAACUAAUCACUUUUAAUGCAGAAAAUUUACUCACUUUAUGUUGUCAACUAAUAACUUUAAAAGUUACAAAUUUGCUCACCUUUUUAAGCGAUUAGUUGACUUUAUAAUUUAGUAAAUUUGUUGCUUUUAAAGUGAUUAGUUGAUCUAAAAAAGGGAGUACAUUUGUUGCUUUUAAAGCGAUUAGUUGACUACUUAAAAUGAGUACAUUUGUUGAUUUUAAAACGAUUCUUUGACUUUAAAAGCAACAAAAUUACUCAUUUUAAGCCAAUUAAUUGCUUUAAAAGGGAUAAGUUGACUACUUAAAAAGAGUAAAUUUGUUGUUUUAAAACAAUUAGUUGACCCAAAGAAGUAAAUAAAGGUAUUGCUUUUAAAGCAAUUAAUCGGCUUUAAAAAGUAAGUUUGUUGCUAGUUGUAAUUAGUUGACUUUACUUAAAGUGAGUCAAUUUGUAGCUUUUAAAGUGAUUAGUUGACUUACAGAAGUGAAUAAAUGUUACUGCUUUUAAAGCAAUUAGUUGACUUUAAAAAGUGAGUU